AUGGCGACGCAGGAGCUGCGUCAGGACUUUGCCAAGGACGAAGCCAAGUGUGUGGAGCAGAUUCUCAAGGGUACGUGCGCUGAGACGGCGGCGGAAGAACACCCUGACGUGUGCCCCAUUGGCCGCGACGAGCUACACCGCCACUUCACCGGCACCAACUCAGCACCAGCGCCGUUCCAUUACGACGCGCCUCAGGGACACGAAUUCUGGGCGGCGCUCGACACCCUGCCGGGGCCCACGGAGGAUGCAGACGCUUUCACGGACGAGCUAACGCAGGAUGAGGUGGAGGACCAACUCAGCCACGUCGCCAAAACAUCAAGUCCCAGACACGAUGGCGUAGGUUACGACAUCUACCGCCGUUUCGCGCCGCAGCUGAUCCCCCUCCUCCACGCCGCAUACCGGUUCUGUUGGCUUCAUCGGCGCCUGCCGGCCCUGUGGAAGCCCACGAUUUACAAGCUCUACAGCGGGCUGCUGGCACGCCGACUAUCACACUGGAUGGAGCGGAACCAGCGUCUCCCUAUGGCACAGAAAGGCUUCCGUGCCUUCAACGGAUGCCACGAGCACAACCUCGUGGCAACGACACUGCUGGGCCAGACGCGGCGGCUACACCGCAGGUUGUACCAAGUCUGA